GGGUUGUGUUCUUUCUGAGAAGAGAAGCGCACAUUAUGAGCUGAGAUGAGCGCCAAUUAACCAUUUCACACAACCCAAAGUAAAAAAAGAUAACUUAAUAUAUUUUAAAAUAAGCUUCUUCCAGAUAAAAAUCCAAGCCGUGAUACAUGUGGACUUGUUAGAGGAGAGAUUAAGACAUCCUGUCAUACCUCAGUCACUUUUCUGUUUUAAGAUAACUUUAAUCUAGAGCUAGAGUUAGCAAACAUGGCAGUUUGGGGCAACAUGUCUCAGUCAUUUUGGGGUUAGUGACAUGUUUCACUAUAAUCGAUAUUUUCAAAACUGAACAGUAAACAAAUGAAAAGAAAUCACCAAGCAUCACAAGUUCUCAGACUUAUUUGUAAAACACAAUAAAGGGCAGAACAUUUUACAACUCUGUUCUUUAUUAGCUAAUAACUCAAAAAUAUUCCUUCUCUCCACUAUACACUAUUCUCUCUCUCCACUCUCUCCACCAUACACUAUACACAAACACCAAGCAUUUUCUCAAAGUUAUGAAUCUAAUUUGUCUAACACAACAGAUUCAGAGCAGAUAUAGGCUAUAACACACAUAACAUUUUUAUUUUUUUUCCUUCUCUUUUGGGUUUUGUUUAUUUAUUUAUUAGCAACUUAAUCACUAAAAUCUCCGACUUUCUCUCCACCUUACCAUUUUUCCUCUCCAUUCCACUCCUCUUUCUCUCCACACUGCAGUUCCACUACUCUACUCUGUGCUUGUGACUUGAGAAAUGCACCCACUGGGUAACUGCAGACUAUUUCCCAGUUGAGUGCACAAUAUGUUUGGAUGUUAUAUUAAGUUUUGUUUUAGUUGCUGCUAAUUAUUAGUUAUCUCACAGGUUGCUACGACGAGUUGGGUGGAAUUUUGCUGCUUCCUCAAAGUCUAAUGCUCUGUCUUGAAACCUGACACUACAGUCUCAGGCUGCAGCAGUGCAUCUUGGCUCAUUUGCAUACUGAACAGUGAUUGGAUGUUUACUGAUGGGGAGGGAGGGGCGGGGGAGGUGAUCUCUGACUGCAGGGUGUGUGAAGACACACGCUGCACGGAGAUGAAGGGAUGAGAGAUGAGCGGGGUCUGAUAAUUAACUUGUGCUUUUUCUGCGGAUUUUCCACAAUUAAAAAUUUUAUUUGAGGGGACAGGCCAUUUGUUUGAGGGGGCGUUGCCCCCUCUUGCCCCAGUGUAGAGCCCCGGAGCUAACUAUUGUUAAUUUGGAAAUAAAAAAAGCUUUUAUUUUAGAAAUCUUGAUUAGACAUUAUUUCAAACACAUGCUCUCCCCAAACGAAAAAAGAAACAGAUCCAACUCAGCGCUGCUCACGUUAACAGUUGGGUGUUUUAAUUAAGAUUUCCCAAAUGUAAAACUCACAUUUUGGAUAAUUUUAGCCAGCACUUCUGUGUUUACAACAGCAUGUGGAGGAGCAUUGUUGUAAAAAGAAGUGCAUUAACUGAGUAAAACUAGCUUACUAACAAGCCUUAAAACUAUACAGAUGCAGCGCCCUCUGUUGGUUUUGGGUUUUGGUUCUUGGUGACGUAUGUACUUUACCCAGUUAUAGUAUCCUGACUCCUGUAGUCACCCAUGAACUGAACCUGAUUCUCAACAGCAAUGGGUGCCCUACAUUGCUGGCUAAUACAACAAAUAUUAUGCCAAAUAGCUUCUAGUUUCAACUUUGUAGCUACUUUCCCACUAGUGCUUUUAUGUGAGUACCUGGAGGACAGAGAGGUUAGCCUGUCAUGUCUAAGAUGUCCUUGCUGUUGCUCUUCCUGCCUCAGCUAUCCAUUGAUGUGAAAUAAAGCAUAGCGAUAGUUCAGGCAGGACACGAAGUCAAGCUAAAGGCUACAGUCGGCUGAUCUUAAGCCAGCCCUCAGUCAGCUGACAGCUCAGCUGAUCGCCCCCAAACAUCCUAUUGGCAAAUGUCAAAAUGGCGCCCUAUUUAAACUGCUUCUCCUGCCCACUCUGCCUGCUGCAACCACCAAGUUAAACUUAUUGCAUGCAAAUAGUGAUUCUUUUGACUGAAGUGGUCUUGAUUGAAUUAUGUUUGUCUCUUACAGGAGAAAACAGAAAAAUCAUCACAGACUAAACUGCUGAAUAAAUCAGAAAAAUGGGGAAUAAACCAUCCAUACCAUCAGAGGCUAACAUGGGAGACAGGCUAAGAUGUUACAAAUGUAACUGUGUCCUGCCUCCGUGUACAACCUUUUACAACCUGAAACAAGCCACUAUUCAUGGAAUCUAUGUACACGUGUUCAAUGGAGGUCAAUACUUCAGAGAAGUAGGCCAAGAUUAUAUGUACCAAUGCGCCAAUUGCUUUUAUCAGCCAAUCAGAGAUCAAGAGCAGAAGAGCAGAGAAGAGGAGAGGAGAAGAGAAGAAGAGAGAAGGAGGCAGGAAGAGGAGAGGAGAAGAGAAGAAGAGAGGAGGAGGCAGGAAGAGGAGAGGAGAAGAGAAGAAGAAAGGAGGAGGCAAGAAGAGGAGAGGAGAAAAGAAGAAGAGAGGCGAAGGAGAGAGGCUGAAGAAAAGAGGAGAGAAGAACUGAAUCAAAGAUUACAGGACUCACUCCAACAAGCCAAAGAGCAGCGGGAGGAACAACUGAGCAACAUCCAUUCAGAGGAACUCAAGUCAAAGAGAAAGGUUCUCAAAACUGAUAUGGAUGAGUUUGAAAUGAACGAUGAAUCAGGCAGCGAGGAUGACAAACUUAUAGAAAUCCUCUCCUCCAAAUGUGGCAUUCCACUUCAGAAUCUGAGCCUCAGUCAGCUCACUGCAGAUAAUCUGAGAAGCAUCAUAUUGGUUUUGGACAGACUCCUUUUUGAUGAAUGGAUCAGCGCUCCCCCCUCCCUCAGCACUUUGCAGCACACUCAGGUGUUCAUCACAGAGCUGUGUGCGCUCUCUCUUGAGAUAUCUGAGGAAGUUUCUUUACAGAAUAUCUCCACACAGGCGCAGUACCUGGUAAGCUCCAUCAGCCAAUCAGCUUCUAAUACGUUUGAGAGUUUUCUUCUGAGCCAGGCCCUGUACCUGACCCUGAUGAACUUUUUUACUGAGAAUCGCAGCUCUGAUACUGGUGCAGUCCUCAUAGCCAAACAGUGGGCUGAAGACGAGCUUUCCGAUGAACAGGUCUUCAUCAUUGAGUUCCUGAGCUCCCUUAUUUCAUCAAUGCAGACAGCAGUAGGAAGAGCCUCUGUGUUCGUCUUAAAUAUGGAAAUCCAGAGCUUGAAGCUGCUUUUAUCUUCACUCACAAACAACAAUGUGGAAGAAACACACUCAGAGUCCACCAAGAUGCUCCUCAAACUGGUGCAAAAGAACAAGUGGACCCCGAUGGAGGCGAUGACUCUGUUCACAGCAUUGUUACAGAAAUACAAAAAGGACGAUUCAAUAUGUAAAGUCCUGAUGUUGGUUCAAGUACAUGACUUAUCUCCAGAGUGGACAGAUGAGUCUGGAAACUCCCUUAUUCAGGCCCUGGACUCUGCUGACCCUGAGAGAUUCCUUGAAGACCUCCAGAACACCCUCAGAAGGAAAGAUGAGAGCAGUUUAGAUGUAGCUUUGGCAGAAUUGAAAAUACUAUGGAAUUUAGAGGAUUCUGUUUUGGAUCAGAUCAAAGAUAUUACCAUGAGUGUGUUGCGCUCCUCUGAAAAUGCAUCAAAAGAUGCUCUGUUGAAAGAAGAUCUGAUUAAAGGUCUAAUCUUUGAUGCAGGAGAAAAACAGAACUCCCUCUUUCAGCUCUGCAAAGCAGUUUUUGACACGAAAGGCUGGUGGCCUACAGUGAGGAUAAUGCUGCGCUGGUGUGCGUUGGUACUGGCUGAGGAGAGUGCAGCAUUUGAGCCAGUUGGUUUGGAGCCAGAUCCGUGUGUCACCGCCAUGUUUGCAGCAGUGCAAGUGCUCAUGGGAAACAAGAUGGACAUCGUGCUGAGCUCUGAUGGACAGCCAGAGGAAAGGGCUGAGGAGUGGUCUAACUUUUACAGUUACCUGGGGAUGUCUGUCAACAUAAACAUGAAGAAAACUGAAGCAUCACAUACAGACGCCUUUGAGGCCAAUGUUGUGUACAGAACAGUCAAUGAGUACAUUCAACACGGCCUGAAGAUGCUGGAAACAGGAAAUCCUCAGCAAAGUCGUGGACUUGUCUUUGAAGGAAGGAGUCUUGAUACUUCCAUAAAUUUUGAACUCCCUGAAAUUAAGGACAAUGAUGCCUCAGCAUUUCCUGCAAAGUUCUUGCAAAGCCUCAUGGGUAAAUUUCACAUUGAUGAUAAGGAGCUGAGACACACAUCUAUGACGACUCUUUUCCAGGUGCUCCACACCAAGCUUAACAAAGACACAACCUCAGACAUUAGAAUCACCGCUGUCUUUGAGAAGAUUACAGGGAAACAGCUGUCUUCCACAGAUGUCUUCAUUUUGACCCUUCUUGAGAGUCUUUUACAGGAGGUCUCCAAAGAAACAGAUCUUCCCCAAUGGAACAAAAACUCCCCAAUGGGAAAAUGGUGUUUGGAAAGUUUAUCUGACUAUGUGCUCAGACUUAGUCCUUCAACAACUAUAAAAGACCUACUGCAGAUAGUUUCAAACCUUGAGGUUCAAAGACUUUGGUCUCCAGCUGAACUUUUACACCUCCUUGUAGUCUUAACUGAGCGCCAUCAUGAUAAAGACUGUAUAAGCAUCAUGAAGAUUCUGCUUUUGAUAACAACAUACCAGGUAUCUUUGCAUUGGACUGAUGAGAACAAUCAGUCUCUCCGAGAGCUCUUGGACACAUGUGGGACCAAGGAUCUGAUCCAGCAUUUAGAAAAGAACCUCAGAGGUGAGAAAGCAAAAAGCAUCGAUGAUAUCUUUGAUGAACUGCGACAGAUGAGGGACAUUGAUGAAGAGACACUAGAGAAAGCUUACACAGCAGUGUGUCAUGUCAGAAACUUGAUCAACAUUGGGGAAAUUGAAAAGCACACAGAUGUACAGCUAGCAAAGACUCUGAGUCACAGCAGAGAAACACAAGACCUUCAGGAGGUUCUGGCAGUUUUGUGCAAUGCUGUACAUUACACAAAUGGCCCACCAUACAAGAAAAGUGAAGGGUGGUGGCCCAGAGACACUCAGAUGAUCAGCUGGUGCCUGUUGGCUUUGUCUGAAACUGGGAGGCUGUUGGAGAUGGGCACUGGAGAAGGGAAGUCUUGUGUGAUAACGAUGUUUGCAGCGUUGCGUGUGCUUCGGGGUGAAAAGGUAGAUGUGGUUUCCAGCUCUCCUGUGUUGUGUCAAAGAGAUGCAGAAGAAUGGAAGAACUUCUACCAGUUUUUUGGCAUGACAGCUGACACAAACACCAAUAAAACUGACGAUGAUGAGAGAAAAGAGUGCUACCAAAAAGAUGUGGUCUAUGGAACGAUCGAAGCCUUUGCUGCAGAUCAUCUUCGUCAGGUAUUUGAAAUGAAAGAAGUCAGGCCUGACCGCAGAUAUGAGUGCAUCAUAAUUGAUGAAGUAGACUCACUGCUUCUGGAUCAGGGAGUGCAAUCAUGGAGCACCUUAACAACAUCCUGGCCAUGAUCUGGGGCCAUGUCAGCCAAUAUGGCUUCUUGUCAGCAGAACACCAAACAUUUGUACGGAGUCCUCCUGCUUCCUUCUUCAAGGCCAUUUUUGACUCAAUAGACACAGAAGGAAGUGAAAUCAAGCACCCGAUGGACAUCCUACGAAUUGCUGAAGAAACUAACACAGUGAAGCAAGGAUUUACAGAGGAAAUCUUGAAAAGUACAAAGGAUGAACUUCUUGAGAAACUGAAAACUGUGACUCAGGAUGCUGUAGUGGAUUUUUUCCAAGAACUUGAGGGCUAUGUUCCCUAUGGCUUCACUGUUUAUACUUUGGACAGCCGGGGAAUGCUCUGUCUUCAAAAGCACACCCCGUAUAACGACCAGGAAAUUCCAGAGCUCAAAUUUCUUGUAUUGGGUGAAGGUUUGUGUUGCACUCUGUAUGAUUCAGAGGUCAAUCUCAACAAGCCCAUUGCAGACUUAAUCUCACAGAAGGUUCAGUACACCCCGUGUCCAAAUAAUCCCAACAAAAUCAGCAUUCCUGGGUUCUUGAAGAAUCUUGUGGAGAAGAAACUGCCUGUGUGGGUUCAGAAUGCCUUUUUGGCAAUGCAACUGAGAGAAGGACGGGAAUAUGUUGUUCAAAAUGACAAUGUCUGUCCAGUUGAUUUCAGAUCCACAGGGAUUGUAGAACUGAACAAGAAAUGGGGUGAUGGUCUGCAGCAGUUUGUCGAGAUAAAACACAAAAUCAAACUAAGCACAAUUUCAGUCGUGACAAACUACCUUUCCAACAUUUCCUUCUUUGAGAUGUAUGGUGGAAAAAUAUAUGGAACAACAGGGACUCUUGGAUCCAAAGCAGACAUUCAGUUUUUGCAGACUCUAUAUUCAACUCUCUCUGCCUGCAAAAUGCCAGCGUUCAACAGAAAGAAGUUAUAUGAAGUCAGAGGAACGCUGACAACCUCAGCUGAAGAGUGGAAAUCUGAAAUAAAACAUGUGGUCAUGGAACAGAUUUCCACUAAUUCAUACAGAGAAGGAAGAGCUUCCCUGGUGAUCUGUGAAACUAUCAACAAAGCCAAAGAGAUCUAUGAAGAGCUGAAGGGUAGCAUACCAGGUGAAAUCAUUCUGUACUGCCGCAGUGAUGGGGACGCUUUGUGCAAAAUAGAAAAGCAACUGCUCCCCGGUGAUGUCAUUGUAGCCACAAACCUUGCUGGGCGUGGCACAAACAUAAAAGUGUCCAAAACAGUGAACAACAACGGAGGCUUGUUUGUGGUACUUUCUUUCCUCUCUGACAACACAAGAGUGGAACUUCAAGCUUUUGGUCGAACUGCACGCAAAGGUAAACCUGGAUCUGCUCAGAUAAUCAUGUCCACUGAACACUUGCAGCCAUCUUUCAGGAAAGCAUCCUGUUUGGAGGAAGCUAAGAGCACAAGAGAUCAACUAGCAGCAGAGAAGACAAAUCUCAUGAGGAAAGAAAUCACUGAGUUGAGACUGCGAGAGGAGCUAUUUUCAGCGUACUGCAAAACUCUUCGAGAGAUCCAUGCAAACACAGACGGACAUGAGAAAAAAGCAGCUGUUGCCAUCAUGAACGAGUUCUGGGGGAUAUGGCUGCAAAUCAAAUCGGAAGAAAUUGAUCAGCUGAAAGCAAGUGAAUUGCGAGAGAGUUUGAAAGCUGAUUUGGAAUGGGCAAAAAGACAGUCUCAGAGCCAGACUUCACCAUGUUCAAGCAUUUAUCAUUACAUCAAGUUUGGGAAUAUUGCCCUGGGUAAAAAGCGAUGGGAUGUCAGCAGCAGACUUUUUGAAAGAGCGAUAGACCAAGAUGAAAGUUGGGCAGCCAUCGCUUUUUACAGUCGUGCAUACUGCACUAUAAAUAAGAAAGGUGAUGAUUACCUCACUAAGGCCAGUGAUGAUCUGAAGAAGGCACAAGAGUUACUGAAGUAUCUCAUUGAAGAGCCUAUAGUCUCUCUGCAGUUGGUCAACAUGUCCUCUUCAGACAAAAGUGGUGAAACCAGCCUUGAAAAACAGUUAUUAACCAAGCACAAGAUGCUCAUUUGCUUUGACGACAACAUUACUGAGGCUAUUAAAAAGCUGGAUGAAAUACAGAGAGAGAAGCGGAAUGCAAGAGCCAACAAGUCACCAGUUUCCUCCCUGGUGUCAAAUGCUGGUGAAGAGUUCCAGGUGGAAGCAGACAACCUCUUCAGACGUGGUCUGCAAUAUGUUUUCUCUGUUGAAAAGGAGCCUCGUUUCCCAUGGCAAGCUCUGCUGGUGUUCUUCCUUGGAGCCUUACAGAUCAUUGGAGGUGCUUUGCUGACUGCAUUCACAUUUGGCACAUUAGCUCAAGUCGGCAUGGGACUGAUCACUGAAGGAAUAUCAGACUGCAUCUAUGCCAUUGAGUCCAUGGUGACAGGGGAAUUUAGCUGGAAAUCAUGGGCUAUAGAAAAGGCUGUCUCUAUUGGUCUAUCUCUCCUUGGGUUUGGAAUUGGAAAGCUGAUUGCAAAGGGCUUCACUGCUUCUAAAGCACUAUUGAAAAGGUUUGGUAAACAGCUUAAAUCUUUGCCAAAGUUUCUCUCAAAUCAGGCAAAAGAUGGCUUGAAUGUUGUUGCAAAAACAAACAUGAAGAAUGCAGUAAAAGUCACUGCAAAAAAGAUGGCAGAGGAAAUCAUUACGUAUGGUUUGCAGAAAGGAGAAGAAGAAAUACUCAAACAGAUAUUACUUGGCAUUGAAAAUGAGGUGAAGAGGGGAAUUGCUGAUGAUGUAAAAUCAAAGAUAGAAAAAGAAGAGUUGGGUUCAUUAGUUGACUCUGUUAUCCUCUUACAUGUUGACGAUAAAGAGCAACUUCAGGAUCUCCUUCAGGACACCCAGAGAAAGACCAAACUACUGGACAUAUUCAAAGAGCUGAGCGACACUGCAAUGCAGCCGUUCUAUGCAGACCUCAGCUUGCAAAACAAGCUGAACUCAUCCUUUUACAGUGUUAUUGAGGAAGCCAAAGCAAAAGCCAAAGGAAAAGCACGAAGAAUUCUGAUAGCCAUCCAAACUGCCCACAUGGGGGCACUGGCAGGAGACGCCAUUGCUGCAGUGCUAAGCCUCUCCAGCAAGUUUUUCACCAACUUUCAGGAGCAGCUGAGUUCAUUCAGGAAGAGAAAAGCUUCUCCUGAGGAGGAGAAGAAGAAUCUUUCUACUUCAGACACAGAGUUGCUGAAAGGAUUCAAGCAAGAGUUAACUGACAUGAUCACCAGUUCAUUGGCUGCUGCUUUGGUCGAAGUGUUCCACCAGAAGUUCUCCAGUCACUUGGUUUCUGUUGCUCAAAGUGAAGCACAUGGCUCCAUUUCUGGACUUGCAACGACUGGCUUAAAGAGUGAAAGAACAGAGAAAUUGCUUGAAGCUGGACAGAGCAGCAACUACAUUGCACACAUGCCAGUGAACCUAACUUCUAAACAGCAUCAUACAAGAGAGGCGAUUGAACGGUCAAGGAAAUAUGCUGAGAAGAUCAAGGACUCCACAACUGCAGGAACUAUCCUUGAAGGCAAAUUCGUAUCAGAAAUCACCAAAACUAAAGUCACCAUCCUCACUGAGGACAAACGUGGAAAACUCACUAAAAUGCAGGAGCUCAGUCCAAACAAAGCCAAUCAAAAUGUGACGCUGAUCUACAAACCAAAAAGUGAAAAAUACCCAAACGGCCAUUACGAUGUGUUCAUCAAUAACCGGAUAGUCAGCGUAGAGAGCAAAGACAAGAAUUGUCUGUUUCAUGCUCUGGCACGAGGCAUGAAUCCAGAUGCCAGUGAGGCAGAGAUCUCAAAGACAGCAGACAGAUUCCGUGGUAUAGCGGCAGAUGCUGUCCUCCAAAACCCAGACCAUUGGGAGCCUUUCAUCAAGCAGAAAGAGUGGACUGAAUCCAUCAGAGGAGGGGACUGGUUUAUGGCAGAGGGAGCUGGGCCAGCAAGACAAAAAGUAAAAGAAACCAAAAUGUUUCUGAAGCAAGAGGUGGGAAAAAUGAAACAGUACAAGGCCUGGAAAAAAUACUCAAUUCAAAAUCCAGGAAUUGGACAGUUCAUUAACGCAGAUCACCAACCACCAGUGAGCUGUAUAGUGAAUGCAAACAAAUUGGACCAAAACAGCAAAUUAGCCACAGCCAUGUUAGAAGUGGCAACAAAAUCGUCUCCUCUGAAUCCCAACCUGAUUGACAAUGUGAAAAAUUACCAUGGCCUUGAACUUCCAACCGUUUAUGUGCCUAAAGAUGUACAUCGUGAGUUUCCCAGUACAAAAUCACCUGACUUCAGAGAGCACUUGACUAAAUCCAUAAGAGAUGAUGACGUCGUGUCCACCUUUAAACUGACGAUUCUCGGCUCAAUGGUGAGAUCUAACUUGAACAGCACUGGAAACUACAACUCCUUUCAGGACACCCCAUGGAGUAAAACAAGGCUUGCUGUUUUUGAAGGCAGUUUUCAGCAGCACAGUAAAAUGAUGGUCCAUACCUGGUUUAACCUGCUAGGCGGCAAGGGGGUCAUGACGAAGAAUGAUCUCGACACCAUCACUAAGUGGAUUGAUAAGAAGGGCUACAAUGAUCAAAAUGAUCCAGACAGGGACAAGAUCUUCAGACUCCUACAAUGA